AUGAGUAAUCACUGCUUCAACGACGAUACGCUGGGUCCGGUUGUUUACGGCUGCCGCGAUGACUUUGACUUUACCGUCAGAUUCGAAGAAGUUUUCUUAACAAUAAUACCGGACUCUCUGUUUGUAGCGACCACAGUUUUUCGUAUCGUCUAUCUAUCACGUAAGAAGAAAAUUGCUGUUGGCGGUUUUCAGCGAUGGCUCAAGCUUUUGUUUCUUAUGGUCUUCACUGGCAUGCAGCUUGGUGUUUUAAUUCUGUCAUGCCGCACAACGGAAUUACCUUCCCGGUAUACUGUGGCGUCUGAAAGCCUACGACUUGUUGCCAGCUUCUUUAUGAUUUUACUUUCCUUCUUGGAACAUACUCACUCGCCACGGCCUUCAAUACUGAUCAACAUCUACCUGCUAGUCACUGUUUUGUUUGACAUUGCCCGUUCAAGGACCCUCUGGAUUUCACGAGCAUCUCGGAAUGAAACCUAUCAAGCGCAAUUCAGUGUAACCGUCACUGUGCUCAAAGCAAUAAUUUUUGUGUUGGAGUCUCUGAAAGCGACUCGGGUGCUACAAAGUCCGGAAUUGACAAGCGGCAUCAUCAGUCUUUCUACCUACUUCUGGGUCAACACACUCCUCAUCACAGGGUUUCGCAAGCCUCUCGCCACAAAUGAUCUAUAUGCAAUAGACGAGGCAAUGUCGGCCAAGAUCCUUUACGCCCAGUUCUCGCCCCAUCUAGAGAAACACGUCACCAUAGGCAGCAAACAUAUCUUACUCAAAAGUCUUUUUUCCACGCUAACGGUUCCUUUUGUACUGCCUAUCCUUCCGCGGCUCUGCAACAUGGCUUUCAUCUUCUGCCAACCUCUUUUAAUUCAGAGUUUACUUAACUAUCUUCAAGACGCCCAUGCAAAUUCCCCGCCUAAUAAGGGUUACGGGUUCAUCGGUGCUGCGGUGCUAAUUUACCUCGGCAUGGCUACGUCAACGUCUCUAUACUGGUAUUUUCAAGAGCGUUUUGUAUAUAUGCUAAGAGGAGUCUUGAUCUCUGCUAUAUACCACAAAACGACCGUUGUUACGCUCGCUGCUGCAAAUGAUUCAGAAGCUCUCACGCUUAUAAACGCCGACGUGGACCGUGUUAAGAACGGGUUUCAGCAAAUACACGAGUACUGGGCUAACACAAUCGAGGUUGCACUAGCAUGCUGGCUACUUCAGCGACAAAUUGGCGUAGCAUUCGUAGCGCCUAUAAUGGUCGUAGUCUUUUGCACCGCUGCCUCUAUGGUUGUAGCCAAGCUUACGGGAAAGCGUCAGACGUUGUGGAUGGGCUCAAUACACAAGCGAGUGGGUGCAACCACAAAAGCUAUCGCAGACAUUAAAGCAUUAAAGAUUUCAGGAAUGUCGGGCUCGAUAGCGGCUAAGAUUUCUGACAUGCGACUGAAGGAGCUUAAUGCGGGGGGGCAUUGGCGUUUGAUGCUCCUCGCAGCUGGCUUGAUUGCCCUGACACCAUCUCAGCUGGGCCCAGUCAUGACCUUUGCUGUAGCUUCUCAGACUCUCAGCGCCACGCGUAUCUUCACUUCUAUGGCGUACCUCAUGCUUCUAGCAGCUCCACUAGGAAGCCUUUUUCAGAAUAUCCCACAACUUGUAUCUGCAUUCGUAUGCUUGGGUCGUAUUCAGGCGUACCUUAACAAAGCAUCCCGAGUCGACACCCGCAAGACAUUCGACGCCUCAAUUCUUUCUGAGAAGCAAACAAAUGUCUCCUCCAAAGCAGAUCAUUCAGCUCUUUCACUGAGUGGAGUCUCAUUCGGUUGGGCAGAAGGCAAAAACGUCUUGGAGAACAUUGAUAUCACUGUUCCCUGUGGUGCGCUUACCAUAAUCUUGGGACCUGUAGCCUCUGGGAAGUCGACUUUGUUGAAGGCUCUCCUUGGGGAGAUACCGGUCAGAUCCGGUGAUGUGAUUGUGGGUGUCCAAUAUCGCAAAAUAGGAUAUUGCGACCAAACCCCCUUUCUUUACAAUGACACAAUCUUUGCCAAUAUCAUUGGAUCUUCCGAAUUUGAUCCGGAACGAUACAAAGAAAUAAUUGAGGCGACUUCGCUAUCUACUGACUUUGAUACAAUGCCUGAGGGAGAUCGCACUAUGGUGGGGAGCAAUGGAGUAGCCUUAAGCGGUGGCCAGCAACAACGAGUUGCUCUUGCCCGAGCCUUAUAUCUACAAUCCGAUCUUCUGAUCUUGGAUGAUAUUCUUAGCGGUCUCGAUGCGAUAACUGCGAGACAUAUAUGCCUGAAACUUUUUGGAAGUAAUGGCUUGAGUCGUCGGAGAGGGGCGACUGCGGUGUUAUGCACCCACUCGGAUUGGUAUGCGUCACUUGCUGACCAUAUUAUCAUACUUGGUGGCGAUGGUUCCAUUGCCGAACAGGGGUCAUUUGCCAACCUACAAGCUAGUAGCAGGUAUUGCAAGAGCUUCGAGGGUCAAUAUACUGAAGGGGCUUCUGAACCAAACCAGCGUUGCAAUAAUUCUCAACCUGAUAGAGUAGCUUCAAUGCGAUCAACGACUGAAGCUUCCGCAGUAGCCAAGGCUCUGGGGAUAGCAAAUAACCUGGGCGAUGGAACCGUUUACAAACACUACUUUGGCAGUAUUUCUCCUUGGGUUACUGCACUUGUCUUAUUAUGGUGCUGCAUAUAUGGCUUCACGUUCAACUUUCCAACGGUGUGGCUGAAGUUCUGGUCCGAAGACGCUGUUGCCCCGAAACCAACACACCCAAGGGCGUUCUAUAUGGGGAUUUAUGCUUUGCUGCAAGUAAUUUGUCUUGGUUCCCUGCUGGUGGUAGUGUUUCUCUCAACACAAACAAUGAUCUCUCAGUCGGGCAAAAAGCUGCAUACACAAGCUCUACGAACGCUCAUCGGCGCACCUUUGCGAUUAUUCUCUAAUACAGAAGCAGGAACGGUGGCCAAUCUUUUUGCCCAGGAUAUUGCCCUAAUAGAUAGCGAUCUACCCAUGGCAUUGACUAACUUCUUACUCUUGGUCUUUGCCGCUAUGGGAAUGGCUGCCGUUAUCGCUAUAUCAUCACCAUGGCUGGCUCUGAGUUACCCUUUCCUCGUGGGUAUUUUAUACUGGAUUCAGACUUUUUACCUCCGAACAUCAAAACAAUUACGUGUUCUGGAACUGGAAGCAAAAGACCCUUUCUCUCACUUUAUUAACACUCUCAAUGGCCUAGCCACAUUACGAGCGCUAGGGUCUAUUCCCUCUACUAUAAAUUCUCACAACGAACUACUGGACACUAGUCAACGUUCAGCUUACCAGCUCGCGAUUGUCCAGCGUUGGCUGCAACUAACACUAAAGUUUCUUGUAGCUAUCAUUGCAACAAUUGUGGUAGCGCUUGCAACUCAGCUACGAGCAAACACUGGUUUUACUGGGGCUUCCCUUGUUACGCUCAUGUCAUUUGGCGAUACACUUACUACAAUUGUACAGUCAUAUACAAAACUCGAAACGAGCAUUGGGGCCGUAGCACGCCUCAAGACAUUUAGUGAUAUGGUAACUCCGGAGGCUAGACCCGGUGAAGAUAUGGUUCCAAAUGAAGGCUGGCCAACGAAAGGUACAAUUCAUGUAUCAGCCGUAUCUGCCUCCUAUGAGGAAACUCAAGUCUUACAUGGCUUAGCGAAUGAAAACAAACUGCCAAGUGACGUAGCGCUUCGGGACAUUAACCUUUCUAUUCGCUCUGGAGAGAAGGUAGCGAUAUGCGGUCGGACAGGCAGUGGCAAAUCGUCGAUCGUUCUUUUGCUUCUACGUCUACUUGAAAUUAUACCUGGAAGGGAUGGCAAAAUCACGGUAGAUUCGUUACCCAUCGAAAAAGUCGAUCGUGAGAUUCUGCGAAGCCGCAUCAUAGCCGUAUCACAGGACGCUAUCUUUCUUCCAGAUGGCUCUACAGUACGCGAGAACCUUGAUCCAGUUUAUGCGGCCAAGGACUCUGAGUGCCUCAGUGUUUUAAAGGAAAUUGGGCUUAGCUCGGUGAUACACGAGCGAGGAGGGAUAGACGCUUGUUUAGCUGCAGAGUCGCUCAGCCAAGGUCAGAAGCAGCUAUUCUGCUUGGCCCGUGCUGUUUUACGUCGUCGUGUGAAAAGUCGAAAGGGAACCAAUGGCGGUAUUCUAUUGCUGGAUGAAUUUUCUUCCAACGUCGACCAAAACACUGAUCUCGAAAUGCAAAAAAUCAUCCGUCGCGAGUUUGACGGGUAUACGAUCAUGAUGGUUUCACAUCGUCUAGAAAUGGUACUAGAAUUCGACACGGUCAUCGUUAUGGACAAGGGACAGGUAGCUGAAGUUGGCAACCCACGCAUGCUCAAGGAUCAAGAAGGUGCCAUGUUCCAAGGUCUGUGGAACAACAGCAGAGCCAAGGAGUGA